AGAGCUCGGCGGAGCGGAGCGCCAGGCAGCGCGGAGCAGAGGCCGGGCCCACAGCCGCUCCGCCUCCUGGCCCGCAGAUCCCCGACGGCCGCACCGCGGGCUCCUCCGGCUCGCGAGGACACGCGCAUGGCGUCCUGGGGAAGGCGCUGAGUUCGGAGUCGCGGCGCCGCAGGCGGCACCAUGGCCCUGGAGCAGGCGUUGCAGGCGGCGCGGCAGGGCGAGCUGGACGUGCUGAGGUCGCUGCACGCCGCAGGCCUGCUGGGGCCCUCGCUGCGCGACCCGCUGGACGCGCUGCCCGUGCACCACGCGGCUCGAGCGGGGAAGCUGCACUGUCUGCGCUUCCUGGUGGAGGAAGCCGCCCUCCCCGCCGCGGCCCGCGCCCGCAACGGCGCCACACCGGCCCAUGACGCCGCCGCCACCGGCCACCUCGCCUGCCUGCAGUGGCUGCUGUCGCAGGGCGGCUGCAGAGUGCAGGACAAAGACAAUUCUGGUGCCACAGUCUUGCAUCUGGCUGCCCGCUUCGGCCACCCCGAGGUGGUAAACUGGCUCUUGCAUCAUGGCGGUGGGGACCCCACCGCGGCCACAGAUAUGGGCGCCCUGCCUAUCCACUACGCUGCCGCCAAAGGAGACUUCCCCUCCCUGAGGCUUCUCGUCGGGCACUACCCUGAAGGAGUGAAUGCCCAAACCAAGAACGGUGCCACGCCCCUGUACCUGGCGUGCCAGGAGGGCCACCUGGAGGUGACGCAGUACCUGGUGCAGGAAUGCGGCGCAGACCCGCACGCGCGCGCCCUCGACGGCAUGACCCCGCUGCACGCCGCGGCGCAGAUGGGCCACAGCCCGGUCAUCGUGUGGUUGGUGGGCUGCACCGACGUGAGCCUGUCAGAGCAGGACAAAGACGGCGCCACCGCCAUGCACUUCGCGGCGAGCCGCGGCCACACCAAGGUGCUCAGCUGGCUGCUGCUGCACGGCGGGGAGAUCUCGGCUGACCUGUGGGGCGGGACCCCACUGCACGACGCCGCCGAGAACGGGGAGCUAGAGUGCUGCCAGAUCCUGGUAGUGAAUGGCGCGGAGCUGGACGUCCGCGACCGCGACGGGUACACGGCCGCCGACCUGUCGGACUUCAACGGCCACAGCCACUGCACCCGCUACCUGCGCACUGUGGAGAACCUGAGCGUGGAGCACCGCGUGCUCUCCCGGGAUCCAUCCGCAGAGCUGGAGGCGAAGCAGCUGGAUUCAGGCAUGUCCUCACCUAACACCACAGUGUCAGUCCAGCCGCUGAACUUUGACCUCAGCUCACCCACCAGCACCCUCUCCAACUAUGACUCCUGCUCCUCCAGCCACUCCAGCAUCAAGGGCCAGCACCCUCCACGCGAGCUUUCCAGCGCUAGAGCUGCAGACAUACAGAGCUACAUGGACAUGCUCAACCCGGAGCUGGGCCUGCCUCGGGGCAUGAUCGGGAAGCCCAGACCCCCACCACCCCCACCCAGCUUUCCCCCGCCACCCCCGCCCCCAGGCACCCAACUGCCCCCACCCCCACCUGGCUACCCAGCUCCUAAGCCUCCUGUGGGACCACAGGCAGCUGACAUCUACAUGCAGACGAAGAACAAGCUCCGCCACGUGCAGACGGAGGCCCUCGAGAAGGAGCCGAGCUCCUGCGACUGCCACGACGGGCUUCGGAGGCAGGACUCCGGCCACAAGCCCCGCGCCUUCAGCAAGCAGCCCAGCACGGGGGACUACUACCGGCAGCUGGGCCGCUGCCCGGGCGAGACGCUGGCCGCACGUCAGGGCAUGGCGCACAGCGAGGAGGCGGCGCUGCUCCCAGGGAACCACGUGCCUAACGGCUGUGCCGCGGACCCCAAGGCGUCCAGGGAGCUGCCACCGCCGCCCCCGCCGCCGCCGCCGCCGCCGCCCCUGCCCGAGGCCGCGAGUUCGCUGCCGCCGGCCCCGCCUCUGCCCCUCGAGGGCGUUGGCCCUGGCUGCGGGCAGCGCCGCUCCUCUUCGUCCACCGGCAAAGUGAGAGUCCUGAGGCACAGGAAGAGCACCAAGUCUUUCAACAUGAUGUCCCCGACGGGCGACAACUCGGAGCUACUGGCUGAGAUUAAGGCAGGCAAGAGCCUGAAGCCUACGCCGCAAAGCAAGGGGCUGACCACAGUGUUCUCAGGCAGCGGGCAGCCGGCCUUCCAGCCCGAUUCGCCGCUGCCGUCUGUGUCACCUGCACUGUCACCAGUCCGGAGCCCCACACCGCCAGCUGCGGGAUUUCAGCCGCUGCUCAAUGGAAGCUUGGUUCCGGUGCCGCCCAGUACUCCUGCGCCGGGCCUGCAGCUGGACGUGGAGGCGCUCAUCCCCACGCACGAUGAGCAGGGCCGGCCCAUCCCCGAGUGGAAGCGCCAGGUGAUGGUGCGCAAGCUGCAGCUGAAGAUGCAGGAGGAGGAGGAGCAGAGGCGGAAGGUGGGUGGGGCGGGGCCCUUGCCCUGCUCCCAGCUGCCCCUCCUUCCAUCCCAAGACAGCUAG